CGAGAGAUGAAAAUUGCUUUCAUUAUUUUCCAUCUAAGUAUAACUAUACAUUAAUUCAGUUUUGGUUAUUGUCUGAUUUAAGCAUAUAUCAAAUAGUUUUUAAUAAUAUUUUUUAAAUAAAUAAAAUAUUUUUUUGAUCUUAUAUAAUAAAUUAAUUGUAUAUUAAAAAAGUAACAAUUAAUGUAUAAGCUAAAUCUUGGUUGGAUAUAAUAUGCACCAAUCGUUUAACUUUAGAGACAUUUUUAGUGAAAAUGAUACAGUGUUUUCGAAUAGAGCGCCGAAUUUGUCAAUAUUUAACGAAGAAUGCAUCCAAGACGUAAACAUGGAGGUAGAGGCGAAAGUUCUCAACCUGGUGGAUCACACUUUGAACGUGGUAAUCGAGCAAGAGGUAGAGGACAAGGACAUCCACCUUGGUUAUCUGGAAAAGAGAUAGGGCUUUAUUAUAGAGAUAAGGCUAAAGCAAAAGCUAAACAAAAGGAAUCUCGAGUUAAAUUACCUUUACAUGUUCAAGAAAAAAUAAAAAAUGUGCUAGAAAAUUCUAAAGAUUAUUAUGAUAAAUUAUAUAACAAUGCAUAUACUGAAGUUACCUAUGGCACAUUGGAAAAUAAAUAUAUACAUAUUCAUGAUUCUCAGUUUAAAAGAAAAUUCAUAAAUAUGGUAUCUGGUAACAUACAAGAAAAUCUUGCCAAAGCUUUAAUGGUUAAAUCAAAAUUAGAAAGAGACAUUGAGUUAGAUACCAAGUUAUUAGCUGAAUAUAAGGCAAAACAAUCUUUACAGAAAUAUAUGGAUAUGAUAAAAAUUAGAUCAAAAUUACCAUCAUAUCAAAAAAGAUCAGAGAUAUUAGAAUUAAUUAAAGAAAAUCAAGUUAUUGUAAUAAGUGGAGAAACUGGUUGUGGAAAGACAACACAGGUUGCUCAAUUUAUAUUGGAUGAACAAAUAGAAGAAGGUAAUGGUAGUAUUACAAGAAUUAUUUGUACUCAACCUAGAAGGAUAUCAGCUAUAUCUGUUGCUGAAAGAGUAGCAACUGAGAGAGCAGAAAAUCUUGGUAAAUCUGUUGGUUUUCAAAUUCGGCUUGAGAAAAUAAUGCCAAGAGAGAGAGGUAGUAUAUUAUUUUGUACUACUGGAAUGCUAUUGCAAUUUUUACAAGGUGAUCCCGCUUUAAAAGAAUUUUCUCAUAUUAUAUUAGAUGAAAUUCAUGAAAGAUCUACAGAAAGUGAUUUUGUUCUUGCUUUGUUGAAAUUAAUUAUUCCUAAAAGACCUGAUUUAAAAAUCCUUUUAAUGAGUGCAACACUUAAUUCUGAAAGAUUUUCAAAAUAUUAUGAUGAUUGUCCGAUGAUUCAUAUUCCAGGCUUUACUUAUCCAGUGGAAGAAUUUUAUUUAGAAGAUAUUUUAAUGCUUACAGAAUUUAAAUUUCCUGCAGCAGCUGCAUUGCCUCAAGAUUAUAGAAAGCAUACAAAAAAAUAUAAACAAGUACAGCAAAAAAGAGAUGAAUUUCAUGAUGUACUAGAUCCUUACAUACGACAGCUUAUAGCUGAGAAGAAGUAUCCUAGAGAAGUAAUUGAUCAAUUACGGAAUCCAUACAGUGAAAUGAUGUCUCUUGAUCUUAUAGAACAAUUAAUUAGACAUAUUUGUAGAACAAAAGCUCCUGGAGCUAUUUUAGUUUUCCUUCCUGGUAUGAUGGAUAUAACAAAGUUAAAUAGAAUGAUGUUAGAUACUGGAUGUUAUUCACAAAGUCAUUAUGUUAUUUAUCCUCUUCAUUCUCGUAUGCCAACUAUCGAUCAAAAGCUCAUAUUUAAAGAACCACCUAAAGGAGUUCGAAAAAUUAUAAUUGCUACUUCUAUAGCUGAAACUUCUAUAACUAUCGAAGAUGUAGUAUAUGUUAUUGAUUGUGGAAAAAUGAAAUUUGGUAAAUUUGAUAUUCAAAAAAAUAUUCAAACUUUGGAACCUGAAUGGGUAUCAUUAGCUAAUGCUAAACAGAGAAGAGGUAGAGCAGGCAGAGUAAAACCUGGUAUUUGUUAUCAUUUGUAUUCUAAAGCUAGAGAGAUGACAUUAGAUCAAUAUCCAUUGCCUGAAAUGUUAAGGGCGCGUUUAGAGGAAGUUAUUUUGCAAAUAAAAAUUUUACAAUUAGGAAAAGCUAGAACUUUUUUGGCUAGUGUUAUGGAUCCUCCAAGUUCAAAAGCUAUAGAUUUGUCUUUGGAUCUACUUCAAACUUUAAACGCAUUAGAUAAUGAAGAACAUUUGACUCCUUUAGGAUAUCAUUUAGCUCAAUUACCACUAGAUCCACGAACAGGAAAAAUGAUUAUAUGGGCAGCAUUAUUUUCAUGUGUAGAGCCAGUUUUUGCAAUUGCAGCCAGUCUUAGUUUUAAAGAUGCAUUUUAUUGUCCUCUUGGAAAAGAAGAUCAAGCACAUCAAAAGAAACUUGAAUUAAAUAUGGGACAAUUCAGUGAUCAUAUUGCAUUAUCUGAGGCAUUAACGGGAUUUGAGCUUGCAUACAAAAGAGGUUAUGCAAGCUCUUUUUGUAGAGAAUAUUUUCUUUCUUUUAAUACGCUCAAACUUCUUUCUGAAAUGAAAACUCAGUUUGCUCAACAUUUGUUUCAAAUGAAAUUUAUGGAAACAGAAAAUCCAAGCGAUAGUAAUGCCAAUAAGAAUUCUAAAAAUACAAUGUUAGUAAAAGCAAUAGUAUGUGCUGGAUUAUAUCCCAAUGUUGCUAUCAUAAAAAGAGUUACAAAAAAUGGAACACUUGCAUGGACUCCAGAAGAUGGAAGUGUUACUGUACAUCCAUCAAGUGUAAACGAUAAAGUUAAGAAGUUUCCUAGUCCAUUUAUUACAUAUUUUACAAAGCAAUUAUCAACAGCAAUAUAUUUACAUGACACUACAUGCGUUACUGCACCAAUUUUAUUAUUUGCUGCUCCAAAUAUGACUAUAAAAAAAGAAAAAGGAAAUUAUUUUAUUAGUUUAGCAAGUAGUCAAAACUUCGCAUGCGACUUGCAAACUGCACAACUUAUUCAAAAAUUACAAGAACAAUUUAAUAAUAUGUUAGAAUAUAAAAUAACACAUCCAGGAAUAGUACGUUGGAAUAGUUUUGAAGGUGAUUUAUUAAAUGCUAUUAUAGAUCUGGUUUGUCAAAAAGAUGAGGAAAUGGGAUUUUGUAAUUCUAAUAUUCAAAACUGUGAAGAUAAUAUGUAUGACGACGUUUGAAUACAAUAUAAUGAAUUUCGAUAAUAAUUGCUUUAGAAUAUAUUAAAAUAGCUAGAAUAAUUUGAAUUUUUAAUGCCCUUUUUCAUUGUCUGAAUUAAAUAAAUAUCUAAGACAUUCAAAUGAAAUAAUUCAUCGAGUAUAAUUUUAUUAUAGUUAUAAUAGAUAUAUCAAAAAUAUCAGUUUUGUAAUAUAUAUUCAGAAAAUAAAAUUUUUGAAAACAAAAUCAAAAGAUAUCGAUUUCACUCAAAUUCUAUUAUAUAAUACAUACAUAAUGUAAUACACUACAAUAUUACAUGUAGUACUACAUAUUGAUAUAUAUCUAAUAAUAUUUUCAAAUAUAAAAAAUACGAUUAAUAUUUAAAAAAUGUUAUUUUAUGACAUAAGUAAUGGUACCACUUAUGCAUCACCAACAUAUAAUUUCCAAAAAUUAAUGAUUUAUGAAGAAAAUGCUAAAAAUGAAAACUAUAAAUUAUUUUAUAUGAUCAAAAAUUAUAUUUAAAAUAUAUAUGAUAUGUUAUUUUUAAAUAUCUUUUUUAUUUAAUUAGAAUUUGAAAUGCAAUAAAAGAAAUAUAAUAUAUUGAAAAACGUAAUUAUUUUUAACAGAGAUUCUGAUUUUAUAUAUCAAUGAUUUAUAUCAUUAAGUAAGAUUCUUAAUAGUCACGAAUAUUAAAUGAAAGAAGGAAGUCUGACAAAAGAUUCUCAAUUUCAAUAAUAAAUUUCUCUUCUCCGUUCUGACCAUUUGCGCAUCGCAAAUAAAAAUGAGCCUCGGGUCUGGCACGAGCUGAUAGCUACCGCGAAGAGAAAUAGGGGGGAGAGAAAGAGAACGAGUGAAAAAGAGGGAGGGUAGUUAGGAGAGGGACGUUCUGGCAAUACACGAGCGAGGCACGUAGCGUCCGAUUCAGUCUGCAUCCGACCGCCGCGAGUGUCGCGUCGCGAAGCAGUGGUCGAAUUUCGGGGGGGACACGAGACUCCGAUACGAGUCACUUCGUGCGAGUGAUCGUGAUACGACACCACGGUCUUUUAUCCCGUGUCUAAGCGGGCAUUUAUUAUUCAUAUUUUACAUUUUCUUGAAUCGUGAUUUGUAAUAAAAGAAAGGAAAAAUUAGUGAGAAAUCGUAGUUGCGUGUAUUGGUGUUAGAGAAAGAAAGAAAGAGCAGGUCACUGAACGACCAUACGAAGGUAGGAAGAAGGAGAGAGAAAAAUAAAAGACAGACAGAGAAGGAUUUUCGUCGCGACAUAUACACACGUAUAUACACGUGCGAAAGCGAGGAGAGACGUGAACACGCGCGUGCGCACCCGCGUAACACAUAUACACAUAUAAGAAAGAGAGAGAGCAAGAAAGAGAUAACGAAGACACGGCGCAGGAAGAGGCAAGAGAAUCAGUGACACUGGGAGGGUCGGGUAUUCCUCGUGUAAAACCGCCACCGGAAUAUAUGUCGUGAGUGUGCAGCCGAAGAUCCGCGGAUAGAGGCCGGCGAUAGUGCGUGCAGAGCUUUGAGAAGCAAAAAAAAAGUAAAGACUCCGGGUGAAAAGCAAUGCGGGUUCAUUGACUGCGUGCCGCGCAAUGGCUGCAUGUUCGUGGCCGAUGCACAGUGCAUGUGUGACAGGAGCUACGAGGAGGACGACGCCGAGGACGACGAGGUCGAAGAUACCGGCUACGGCCAACAUCGAACUUAAGACCUACUGAAAUUCUGUUCGAAUUCUGUAUAUGAUCGAGGACUCGAGGACUAUCUUGAUCAAAACUGCGAUAACAACGAGAAACAUUGGAAUUUGUCGUGCUUUUUAUGUAAGUGAACUCGAUUACUACUGGACUUCAACAAAAUUCUGCUCAUCCAUUUGCAGAUAUGAUUUUAAUUUAUCAAGAUACACUAAUGAACACUUAAUCAACAUUUUCUUAUAAAUCUUCGUAAAGUUUUAUAUCGUUAAUAGUCUCUUGAACUUCUGAAUUUUACCAAAGACACGAGAAUCCUGACACAGACUUUAAUAAAGUUAAAUUAUCUUUCUUAAAUUAUCUUUAAGAAAAAAAAAACAAAAAAAGAAAAGCUUAUUUGCUUCUCAAUUGUGCUUCGUGCACCAGAUUUAUCUAACAUAAAUCUUUGAUUAUCAAUUUUAUCCGGACUUAAUGCUUGCGACCAGGUGUUUGGACAGAAAAUCGGCACGAAGUCGCGGCAAUACCUGGAAAAAAUGUUCAUUUGCUGACGAUUGGCAGCAAAAGCAAGCAGAUCGCGGUGGUGAAUCGUCGUUGAGAAUCGCGUCGGACGUGUUGAGGUGGCGGGACUUAGGUGAGGAUAUUCCGUCGCGUUUGACGUCGUUGUCGUCGUCGUGGUGCGUUGUUCAGCCCGUGGUUCGGCAGUGAGAGAAAGAUAAGAGAGAGAGGCGGGCAGCUAUAACCGGCAACCACACGGUGGACAUGAUUAUUUCAAAGGAUCUGUUCCUCUUUGGCGACCAAGAUUACCUGCGCCUUCCCAGCAACGAGAAGCGCCAGCAACGGGCAAUGGGCCGACCGAUCAUCAAUGCUCCCAGGUAUUAUACAUUUACUUUCCAAUCAAAUUGAAGAAACCAAGAAAAUUUGAAGUAACAAGCUGAAAAAAAAAAAGAAAAAAGAAAAGAAAAGAUUUGUUCCUUUAAUUUAGACGACGAUCUAGAAUAUCUUUCGUGCACAUAUUCAAAACGGUAUCCGCACGAUGUAUUCCGAAACGUGGAGGAAGGGAUCACGUUCGCAGGGAGGAGAUCUCGCCAAUUCCAAGCCUGGGAGGAUCGAGAGCUCUCGAGUAUCGAGGGAUACGUCGAAUAGGCAGAAGGAAGGUUAUCGUGCUCGAUCCAAAGGAUCCCUGUCUGUCAACGGAGAAGGAAAUCGGCGGCUGCGUCCUAUUUCGAUCGAGUGGCCGGCCGCCAUGUUGGAGAUAACGAGGCCCUCAGCAGUGCCAGGUGGACGUUGGAGUGGAUUGUCCCUUGUGUUAAAACGCGUGUCGUGAGAAGAUGGUAGGGGAGGAAAAGUUUCGAAAAAUAUUUCGAUCAAUUUAUCAAUCUCGCUCCCUUUGUUAAACGUUCGAUCGUGUCAAGUGGGGAGGCUUCGAAUUUAUAGUUGGAAUAUUUUUACACCAUCCUCGUCAAAAUUAUUCUUUAAUCUUUAUCGUUAAUAAUAAAAUCAAUAGAAGUAGUCGGAUAAAUGAUCGUUGUGAAAUGUUAUCGAGUCGUUAUCGGUUAUCGUAUCGAGAAUAGAAGAAAGAACUCGUCGUGUUAUCGACGACCAAACAAAUCGUCCAUUUAUCGAUCGGAUUCCUUUGCCCGGAAAAAGUUCGUAAAUCAUGACGCAAUCAUGUGGCGAAGGAUAGAAAAAUCUGCGACCGACACUCCCCGACACUCGUACCGCUCGCCGCUCGUGCAAAACUCUUAUCUGCAGGAGUAUACACGCUUCGAUAUUUGCCGCAUACCGUGGAUGAAAGUCGAAUAAAUCGUUCAUUGUGUUAUAAACCGAUAAAACUCGGAUCGCGAAAAAAUCCCUCUCCCCUCGAGCUCUCUGUUCAGCUCGACCUCGUAAUUUCCUCGUUGGAAACGAUCUUUAACUUUAAUCCAAAGAAAAA